AUGAAUCAACUCUUCAGGGCUACUUCUUUAGUACUUGUCUUGCUGGCUCAAUUGGUGCUUGCUGUGCCGAUAUCCCCUCAACAUGGCCUUGGGAACGAUGAUAAAGAUUCGCAUUGGGUGAACAUAUGGACGACCAUGCCCCAACUAGUCGAACCAGCCAAUCUUCCUCCUACUCCCUUUAAUGGAUCCAUAUCCGUCUUCCCCAAUACCACCAUUCGCCAGACAAUUCAGGUUUCAGCAGGAGCCCAAGAGUUUCGUCUUCGUCUAUCUAAUGCCUUUGGUGUCAAUCAACUCAAUAUCACGAAUGUGACUGUCGCAUUACCAGCAACACAGCAGGCAGGCACUAGUGCGGUGCAGAUCAAGUCCCUGAAAGCUGUUCAAUUUGAUGGAAGUCCUAGUGUUCAGAUUGCCAAUGGGGGCCUGGCAGUGUCUGACCCAAUCCAACUGCCCGUCAAGGCCCAGUCCAUUCUCACGAUCAGUAUCUAUCUGGAGAACGGACAGGGAGGCUUUGCUAUCACCGGGCAUCCGGGAAGUAGAACUUCCUCAUAUCUCGCCUUUGGGGAUUGGACUGGUGCACAGAAUAUCACGGACUCCUCCGUUCAAAUCACAGAUCAUUGGUACCUUAUCAGUGGGGUCGAGGCUUGGUUGCCUGCUUCAUCCAGUGGCUUCGUGAUCAUCGGAGACAGUAUCACCGAUGGCCGGGGAAGCACAACCAAUGCAAAUAACCGUUGGCCGGACCUGCUUUUGAAGAAAAUGCAAAACCAUGCCUCUACAUCGAAUAUUGCAACUCUCAACCAAGCAGCCGGAGGAAACCGCAUUCUUCAAGACGGCCUCGGUCCCAGUGUACUCAGUCGCAUUGACCGAGAUGUGCUAGCACAGUCGGGCGUACGGUACGCCAUGAUUUUCGAAGGCGUCAACGACAUUGGUGUCGCGCAGAACGAUACUGUCACCCAGGCCGAGAUAGAGACACAGCUCUUGGCGGCAUAUAAACAAAUCGCGAAACGAAUCCAUGCCCAAGGUAUCCCUGUAUUCGGUGCUACCAUUACGCCGUUCGGCUCGCCCUCUUCCUCUGAUUAUGUACAGCCCUAUUCCGAUCCGGUACGUGAGCAGACUCGUCAACGAAUCAACACCUUUAUCCGGGAAAGUGGUGUAUUCGAUGCCGUGGUUGAUUUCGAUCAAGUCUUGAGAGAUCCACAGGCUACAUCUCAGCUGCUCGCAAAGUAUGACUCGGGUGAUCAUCUGCAUCCCAAUGUUGCUGGGUAUCAAGCAUUGGCGGAUUUCUUCCCUUUGGAUAUCUUCACGGAAUCAGAUUGA